AACAUCUUCAACCAUGGCAUCCACCACUGUACCACUCUUCAUCAACGGCAAAGACAUCGUGACUGAUGUCACAUUUGACGUGAUUGGUCCAACUACAGGCCAAGUGCAGCACCAAAGCAGCGAUGCCACCGCCACACACGCCAUUGCAGCUGUAGAGGCCGCUCAGAAUGCUUUUCCCGCAUGGAGCCAGACUACACCAGGAGCUCGCCGCGAAAUAUUCCUCAAGGCCGCCAAUGUCCUCGAUGCGCGAACAAAGGAGCUCAGCGAUUAUUUAAUGACUGAGACGGGAGGCACCACAGACUGGGCGGCCUUUAACGUCAUGUUAGGUCGGGAAUGCCUACUAGGUUGUGCAGGAAGCACAUUCGCCAUCGAGGGCAAGAUCCCUUCACUCCAGGACCCCAAAUACGGCGGCCUCAUUGUCAAAGAGCCCUAUGGUGUCAUUUUUGCCGUGGCUCCCUGGAACGGACCAUACCCUCUUGGCUUCCGCGCCGUCGCCUGGGCCAUUGCCGCCGGUAAUACCGUAGUUCUCAAGGGUUCAGAGCUCAGCCCUCGAACACUCUGGGCCAUCAGUUCUGUCUUUAAAGAGGCUGGCCUCCCAGAUGGCGUUCUCAACUUCAUCACUUCGUCACCGGCCAAUGCCGCUGAAGUGACCAAGACCAUUAUUGAGCACCCGUUUGUCAAGAAGAUCAACUUUACAGGCAGCACCAACGUAGGACGCAUUAUUGCCAAGCUAGCUGGCGAGAACCUCAAGCCUGUACUACUCGAACUUGGCGGCAAAGCCCCCGCAAUUGUCUGCGACGACGCCGACCUAGAUGUCGCAGCAAAGGAGUGCGCUAUUGGCGCCUUUGCCAACGCCGGCCAAGUGUGCAUGUGCACCGAGCGCAUUAUCGUACAUGAGAAGAUUGCUACUGAGUUCGAAGCUGCCAUCAAGACAUGGGUAGACAGACUCUUUGCUGCUGACCAAAGUGCCCCUGUUCUUGUGCAAGCUGCCGCCGUCACACGCAACAAGGCCCUUAUGAAGGAUGCUGCGGGCAAGGGAGCUCGCGUCGUGCACGGCGAUGUUGAUGCUUCCGAGGCAGUGAAUACGCAUAUGCGCCCGAUUGUCAUCAGCGGUGUGACGUCUGACAUGGACAUUUACAAACAAGAGUCUUUUGGCCCUACCGUGUCGAUCAUCACCUACUCGAGCGACGAAGAAGCCGUCCGCGUAGCCAACGAUACCGAGUACGGGCUAUCGUCUGCCGUCUUUUCCAAGGAUCUGCGCCGCGCUAUGCGCAUUGCUAGACAGAUUGAGACGGGUGCCGUCCACAUUAACCGCAUGACGGUGCAGGAUGAGGCUGCCCUGCCGCACGGCGGAGCGAAGGCCAGUGGUUUUGGACGAUUCAACGGUGUGAUUGAUGAAUGGGUGCGCACCAAAAAUAUUACCUUUGAUCUUUAAGCUUUUAUAUAUUUCAAGAUAAAUUUGGAUAUACAUAUCAAUGAGUGUUCAA